AACUGAUCCGCGUGUCUUGUUGGCGACGUACUUCGUUUACGUAGCGGAUUGAGAUGGUGGUGCGCGGAGAAGCCAAGAAGCGGCGUCAAGUAGCACCGCCACCGCGACCGACUCCCAACUAUGUAGCAGAAAACGUCCUCCACUUGAUGUGUACUGAGGUCGACCUAUGGCGCCUCUUUGAUGCGGCGACCCUGGCAGCGUUGGCGACAACAAGCAAACGAAUUCGAGGAGCGAUCCCAUGGAGCGAGGUGGUGAUGCUCACAGCGGAACCCAUCGUGAAAUCAAAGCGCAUCUUGUCCUUGAAGCGUGUACUUAUGAAGAGGGAGUUCAUCGGAAACCAUCACUUGUGGUGGUGGACGAGUCCGGAAUUCGAAGCGGGUGAGCGCGUGAUCCAAGAAUCCACGAUCACCCCCGACGACGUCAUGGAGCAUUGCUUGAUCCCGACUCCACAACCCAGCUGGCAACUAGCGUUUCACCGCCUGCACGGACGGUACCAAGCGACGUACCUGGGCGAGCGUCACCAACUGUACCUCACGCAUUUGUGCACGUUCCUCCAAUUGGCAGACCAUCUCAAGGAAUCGCUCUUUCGUGACCGCAACCCAAGCUGCUACGUGAAUGGUGUCGCGUACACGACGGACGACGUCGUGUCCACGGUGUUGCGCGCCCAACGCACGAAUGUGAUUUCGAUCGUGUGCCCAGAGUUUGGCCAGCCCCAUAUGCUCGACGUGACCGUGACGUCGUUUGACCUGCACUUUAUCUUGCCGUCGACCGCCGCCGUGGUGACUCGGCACGUGCCGAUCCCAAAGCCGUCGGAUCCGGCUAUUGGCUCGUCGUCUGUAGACAAGUGGUUUCCGCACCUGGCGUCGUUCAUUUCACAAAAGGGAUGCGUGAGCCUCGGCCGCCAAGCGCACCAUUACAUGAUGGUGUUGUCAGGGGAAGAGAUUGUGCAUCGGCAUUUCAAACACAUGGGGUCCCUCCAGCGAUACCUCGAGAGCGCCGACCAGCAUUGCCGGCGGUGGCUGUCGCGAUCAUCCGAUGGAAGCGGCACGUCCGACGGUGGCGGCGACGACGACGACGACAGCGACGAAGACAAUCCGCCGUUCGCGUCGGCCAACAUUGAGCAAGAGGUGCAGGUGGACUCACUCGCAACGUUCAACGCAGACCUGUGCUUUCCCCAUCUUGCGAAAUUUGUGGCCGCCAAGGGCUGGCAGUCGGUCGAGCUCAACGUGUUUAGGUCGCGGUAUGCGAUGGUGUGCAAGGGUCCGCAAGCCAAGUCGAUCCAGGCAUGGGAUCUGACUUCGUCCGAAGCAUUUUCGCUGCAGCACAUGCUCAGCGAGCUAAACGCGUGCGUGUGCGCGGCCAACGUGAAGGCGCGCAACCACCAGAUCCGGACGCUCAAAACGCUCGAGGAGACGAUUCCCAAGGACAAGGAACAUCUCCGCUUCCUCGUGUACAUGAAGCAUGCGACCGUGGUCCAGCGCGGCGCCGUGUUUAGCGUCGGCGAUCGAAAUGGACUGUACGUGAAUGCGAUGGUCGGCCACAACAUCUUUUUGCCGCCGACGCCACCGUUCCUUGUCGUGCAGUUCGAAAUCACGUUCAGGGAGCUGGGCGAAUACGCCGACUUGUCGAAACUCGUGAGCAUCGGGUUGGUUGAGCCGGGCGAGUACCCCAAGACCCGCGUCACAGCGCGAUUCGUCGACUCCAACUCGGAGUUUCCCGUGCUGUGCUGGAAGAACGGCCACUCGCAAUUCUUGGUCGGUCGCAACUCCGUGUUCCCGGCAACGGACGAGGCGCGGUGGGGGUUCUUCCAUCGAGAAAGCCCCAUCAAGAGCGGCGACACCAUUUCUCUCAUCUACCAGCGCGAGAACGGCACCGUCCAAUUCGCACACAACCAGCAAUUGCUUCCGUUUUACUUUGCCGGUAAACGCUAAACGUUCAAGCGUGCCUGUGUAAAGGUCGUGGCUGUAUGUGUAUGACAUAUAUAUGUAUGUAGGCGUGUACCGAAGCAACUUUUACGAGUCGGGACUCAUGGUGUUUGUCACGCUCGAGCGUGAAAAUAUUCAAGUGCGCAGCUUGGACAACCCCAACAUGGAGUUUAUCAAACCUGUGGAACAGCGCCAUUUCUUUGACUUUGGUGCUGAACCCGCCAUGUUCUAACGAAUAUCAAGCACUAAUAUAUCAAGUACCCGUCGUCGUCUGUCUCGUCGCUGUUCGUACACGGAGCAUGGAGAAAAGGAUGGCCAUAAU